CCCGCGCCCCAAGACCCCAGGAUCCCGGGAAUCUCACGAUGAUUGCACAGUUCAAUCGCUUCGUCAGAAAUGGCGCCGGACUGGAGAAGUUCCUCCGUCUAAUCCAGUCCGUGGCGCAAAUCGCCGCCGUGUUCAGCGUCGGCAGCACGGCCGUGCGAUUGACGACGGCUAAGUUGCAAUUGGCCCUGACGCGGAGAUAUUUCCGCUUUUUUGGAUUCAUCGAGUCCUUCCAGCGUGUGUCCGCGCUGCUCAACAAGGAAGGAAUGGGAUCUGUGCCCGGGUGGAUCGACCUGGCCAAGUGGACAUGCUUCGGUCUGUACUUCGUGCUGGAGGAUUUGACUAUGCUGCAUGCAAUGGGCGUGUACAUGGUGCCCUGGGAGGAACGAGUCAUGCGUGAAGCGAACCAGUUCUGGUUCUACGCCCUGUCUCUCUCUCUCCUCGGGGCUAUUUAUGCCCUUCUAUCUCCUCCCAGGGCAUCCAAGUCGCAGAACGAGAAGAAGAAGGGCAAAAAGACCGAAAAGACUGCUCCAACUACCGUCAAUAGCUCGGCUCUGGUGAAACAGAUUGUGGUGGACUCCUGCGACCUGUUGAUUCCUGCGGAGCUUCUCGAUUGGUAUCCCACGGGGGACCUGGUUUUGGGUGUAACCAUGGUGCUGAGUACGCUACUCACCGGCCAGGAUAUCUGGUCUAGGGUGUAA